AUGAGCGAAAAACUCGCCUACCCUUACACGAGGCCCCGAGGGCCGAUCGGGGCCAUGAACCGGGGCCCCGGGCCCAUCUACAUGCUGCCACCGUUGCUGGGCGAAAAGGACCACGACUUCGAGAGCAUCCACAACAAGGCGCCCGCGUACUCCUUCGGUCGCAUCCUGAAGGGUCUGUCGUACUCGCGCAGCCCUGGUCCCGCCGCCUACGCCCAGAAUCCCCACGUCACGAACCACGGCAACAUGGACGGACCGCGGUUCACGAUGAAGCCGAGGCUGCCGACCGACGCGUCGACUGUGGGUCCUGGACCCGCCAAGUACAACCCGACCGACGAUCUCAUCCACCCCAGGCCUCCACAGUUCCAGUUCGGUGUGCGACUGAACGACAUCAUGAAGAGUCAGGCUCCAGCUCCGAACACGUACUCCCUGCCAAGGCCGGACGUCGUGAGUACUAAGAACGCAGCUCCGAAAUUCACUCUGGGACCUCGGUUGGAAGGACUAACUCCAGCGAAGAACCCUGGGCCCGCGGACUACACAAUUGGAUCUGCUGAAAUUACAAAACCUUCAGCUCCGAAAUUUUCGAUUGGAGCUACGCUGCCUGGUCUAUCAUUGAAGAAGAUGCCUGGUCCAGCCGACUACCGCCCAGAAGACGUAACGUUACAUCGGCCGAUUGCACCCAAGUUUACAAUGGGAAUUUACCACAGUCCCUACAAAUUUGAAUAUGGUGAAAAGUACAGUGAAGAUCUGUGCGGAUGA